UUCGUCUUCUACCUUGAAGACCACUGCUGGAGACAUCGUAUGUGCUCUGACUGGAUGCGAGGAGGCACUAUGUUGCGACGUUAACGCACCAACGUUUGAGGAUGAGUUUGUAAUGGGCACCGCCGGACAGAGUUGUGAGGAAGUCUGUUCUGGACGUGCUCAGGUGUGCGAUGUCGACAAUACAGUAUCGAUGAUCCGCGCGGCAUGGGCAGCUGGUGGUAGUGCUAAUGCCGUGGUAUCUGUCAUCGAAGAGAAUGGAGGUGUAUGUCCCAAUGGAGCUAACAACCAAGAUUAUUAUUCACUUCCCGGAGUUGGAACCGGUAACUGUGAGAUCUCCAACAACUAUGGUACGGCCGAUGGAUCUGUUAUGUUCAACUGUCUUGGUAAGUUCGACACUGUUGAACGUCUGUGCUUCUGCAAUGGUG